GACAACAGAAAAUGAGGAUUCAUAGCUCUCUUCUUCCUUCAAACCCUCUCCUCUCUCUCUAUAUAUACUCUCCAAUGUCGCAUUUUCCGGCUAUCUUUUUCUAUCUUCAGAUCCCUAAUUUCACCUUCUUAAACCCUAGAUUUCUUCCCCUUUUAGGGUUUCCUUAUAAUCUCAAUCUCAUUGUCUCUCUCCUCGGAUUAACUGUAAUGUCAUGGCGCAGCAGGCUCCGCCACCGCAAUCUCAGCCACAGCAACAACCGCAACCACAACAGUCCUCUUCGCGGCUCAAUCGCCUCCUUACUCUGCUCGACACCGGGUCGACUCAGCAGACUCGAUUCGCGGCAGCUAGGCAAAUCGGGGACAUCGCUAGGUCUUACCCUCAGGAGCUGAAUCCGUUGCUGCGGAAGGUGUCGCAGUAUCUCAGGAGUCGUAAUUGGGACACGCGUGUGGCUGCUGCCAAGGCGAUUGGGUCCAUUGCUGAGAAUUCGAAGCGGGUUUCGAUUGAACAGCUUGUUGGUAUCGCGGCGAGGAAGGUUUCCGAGGCCGGGCUCGGGUGUCCGGAGCUGAAGCCGAAGAAUGAGGCAAGUAUUUCGUCGUUUCGUAGUUUUGAUAUUAAUAAAGUAUUGGAAUUUGGGAUUUUAUUGGCUUCUGGGGGGCAAGAAUAUGAUGUAAAUGAUGAUAAUAAUGCUAAGAAUUCCAAAGAACGAUUGGCUAGGCAAAAGAAGAAUCUACGUAGGAGACUGGGGCUUGAUAUGUGUGAACAGUUUAUGGAUGUGAGUGAUAUGAUUAGGGAUGAGGAUCUUGUGAUGUUUCCUAUGGAAUCCUCAAAAAGCUCCAGUGAUUAUAGUAGGAAAAGAGGCGGGUAUCGUGCGUUUCGGUCUCAGAGGCCGAGUGCGAGAGAAUUGAACCUUUUGAAGCGGAAAGCAAAGGUUAAUUCGAAUGAUGUACGGUGUGGGGUUACUGUAGGUGCGCAGAAGGUGGUGGUUGCUUCGGCUGGUGGUUCUGAGCCGUUUGUAGGAGGUGGUGGUACAGGUAAAGGCUUGGUCGAGUCGGCUACUGAUGAGGAUAGUGUGGAACAAGAGGAAGAUGGGUAUUGGCAGUUUCAUGGGUAUGUUGAACAGCUUCUUGUUGAUAUGUUUGAUCCUGUUUGGGAGGUUCGUCAUGGGAGCAUUAUGGCCUUGAGGGAAAUUUUGACAUAUCAGGGUGCUUAUGCUGGCGUGUCUAUGAACGACCCAAGCUCUCGCGGUGGUCAGGGAACGGAAAGUGCGAAUGAGAAAGCGAAUUUGCCCGUGAAAAGGGAGAGGGAAAUAGACUUAAAUUUGGAAGUUUCAGAAGAUGGUUCUAUGGAGAGUUUUAAAAGGGUGAAGCAUGAAGGCAUUGAACCAUCUUCUGUGCAAAUGUCUGUGAAGGCCGAGCAAAAUGGAGAAAAUGCUUCUAGCCCUUUUGUAUCUGAAGUUAAUAUUGGUUCUGUAAUAAUGAAGUCUGAACCUGAUGCUUUAGAGGCCAGAAGUGUUAGUGAUGGUGCUGAUUCCCUGAUGUUAGGGUCAGUUGACACUGCAGAGGAGAAGGGCAUUGCGGGAAAGGUAGACAUGAUGGAUAAUCUUAGCGGGAAUCUUGAGCUGAUCAACUUGGUUGGAUCAGCUAGGAACUCGUGGCUUAAAAAUUGCGAAUUUCUGCAAGACUGUGCUAUAUGCUUCCUUUGCGUGCUGUCUCUGGAUCGUUUUGGAGAUUAUGUCUCAGAUCAAGUUGUUGCUCCUGUGAGAGAAACAUGUGCUCAAGCGUUAGGGGCUGUGCUCAAAUACAUGGCUCCUGAAUUGGUGCGCGAAACUAUGAACAUUUUAUUGCAAAUGCAGGAGAGACCGGAAUGGGAAAUUCGUCAUGGCAGCCUGUUGGGAAUUAAAUAUCUGAUUGCUGUACGGAAAGAGAUGAUGUCUGAUUUGCUUGGAUUUGUACUACCUGCUUGUAAGUGUGGCCUGGAGGACCCCGAUGAUGAUGUCAGAGCAGUUGCUGCUGAUGCUCUUAUACCUGCUGCAUCUUCUAUAGUUGCUAACAUGAACCAGCUGUUGCAUCCUAUCGUAAUGCUGUUAUGGGAUAUUUUGCUUGAUUUAGAUGAUCUUAGCCCGUCUACCAGUAGUGUCAUGAAUCUUCUGGCAGAAAUUUAUACUCAUGCAGGGUUGACUGGAAAUAUGCUUGACACAUUGACCUUGCAGGGGCCUCAGGAACUUGAUCUCAAUGAAGAUUUGUCUUACAUUGAUGAGUUGGAGUUACCAGCAUCAAACGAAAAUCCUUAUAUGCUAUCAGCUCUGGCUCCACGGUUAUGGCCAUUUAUGAGACACAGUAUUUCAUCGGUUCGUUAUUCGGCCAUCAGAACGCUGGAAAGGCUGCUUGAAGCUCGAUAUAAAAGACACAUUACUGAGCCAUCUGCUGGUUCUUUCUGGCCUUCCUCAAUUUUGGGCGAUACCCUUCAAAUUGUCUUCCAGAAUUUGCUGCUGGAAUCAAAUGAAGAUAUUUUAUUGUGCAGUGAGAGGGUGUGGAAGCUAUUGCUUCAUUGCCCUGUUAUGGAUCUUGUGACUGCUGCAAAAUCCCAUAUUACCUCUUGGUUGGAGUUAGCUACUACACCUUAUGGCUCCGAAUUGAAUAUCUCAAAGAUGUUCUGGCCUGUUGCCCCACCUCAGAAGAGAAAAUUUGUAACUGCUGCAAAAAUGCGGGCUGCAAAGAUGGACAAUUAUGCUGGCCGAAGUGGUAAUGUAGGGGCUGCAAAAGGGACUAUUCUAGAAGACUGUGUCGAUGCUUCUGGUUCCUCUCUAAAGAUAGUUGUUGGUGCCGAUUCAGAGAAGUCUGUAACUCGCACGCGAGUAGUGGCAGCAGCAGCUCUGGGUGUUCUUGCUUCAAAGUGGCCAGAGUCAUCAAUAAACCAUAUAACUGAUCCACUGUGGAAAGAUAUUUCCUCUUUAUCAGGUGUCCAGCGGCAGAUAUCUUCGAUGGUUCUGAUUUCCUGGUUCAAGGAAGUUAAAAAUGGGGAAAUUUCACCAGCACAGGGAGUUAAUUCUGCUCUUUUUGAACAAUUUAAGAAUUGGUUGUUGGAUUUGUUGGCCUGUACUGAUCCUUCUUUGCCAACAAAAGAUUCAUCUUUACCUUAUGCUGAGCUGUCAAGAACAUACUCCAAGAUGCACAGUGAAGCCAGUCACUUGCUUCAUGUUGUUGAAUCCUGUGGAAUGUUGAAGGAUCUUUUGUUGACUACUAAUAUUGACCUUGGUAACUUGGGGAUGGAUGACGCAGUGGACUUCGCUCUGAAAGUUGUGCUGCCUAGCUAUGACAGCUCGGUAGAUAGUCCUGCAGAAAAGCUUAUUUUAGAUGAUGUGGAGUCCUCAAAACAGCGAUUACUGACAACUACUGGGUAUUUGAAGUGUGUACAAAGCAAUCUGCAUGUUACUGUUUCUUCUUUAAUGGCUGCUGCAAUUGUAUGGAUUUCAAAUCUUCCUAAAAGGCUUAAUCCAAUUAUUUUACCCCUAAUGGCUUCUCUUAAAAGAGAACAAGAGGAAAUACUGCAACAGAAGGCCGCCGAGGCUCUUGCUGAGCUUAUUGAUGAUUGCAUUGCACGUAAACCCAGUCCAAAUGAAAAAUUGGUCAAGAAUCUUUGUAGUUUAACCUGCUUAGAUCCCUCUGAGACACCUCAAGUAGGAAUCAUAACAUCAAUGGAAGUUAUUGAAGAGCAGGAACUCCUUCUAUGUAGAAGCAUGAGUGUAAAUCAGAGGUCUAGGGGCCGUUCUGCACCUAGUGGUGAAGAUAGAUCAAAGGUUGAAGGUUUCAUCAGCAGACGAGGAGCUGAACUUGCCCUUAAGCACUUGUGUAAAAAAUUUGGGGCUUCUUUGUUUGACAAAAUUCCCAAGUUAUGGGAAUGUCUAUCAGAAGUUCUUAAGCCCGUUGAUCUGCAAGGGGAAGUUCCUGCUGAAGAGAAAAAGAUUACAGUAGCAAUUGAAUCUGUUAAGGAUCCUCAACUUUUGAUAAACAACAUACAGUUGGUGCGCUCAAUUGCCCCUUUGCUAGAUGAUGCAUUAAAGCAAAAACUGCUCACUCUCCUCCCGUGCAUUUUCAGAUGUGUUAGUCAUUCACAUGUUGCUGUUAGAUUAGCUGCUUCCAGAUGUAUUACUACAAUGGCAAAGUCCGUGAUAGUAAGUGUGAUGGCGUCUGUGGUUGAGAAUGCCGUGCCUAUGUUAGGUGAUACAGCAUCUGUUCCUGCAAGACAAGGAGCCGGUAUGCUUAUUGGUCUGCUAGUCCAAGGACUAGGGAUGGAACUGGUCCCAUAUGCCCCCUUGUUAGUUGUCCCUCUUCUUAGGUGCAUGAGUGAUUCUGAUGCUUCUGUGAGGCAGAGUGUGACACGAAGUUUUGCUGCACUGGUGCCUCUUCUUCCUUUGGCACGUGGCCUUCCUCCGCCUACUGGAAUCAAUGAAAGCCUGUUACGCGACAAAGAGGACGCAAAGUUCUUGGAGCAGCUACUUGAUAACUCUAGCAUCGAUGACUAUAAACUUUUUACUGAGUUAAAGGUUACCUUAAGGAGAUACCAACAGGAAGGCAUCAAUUGGCUAGCUUUCCUUCGGCGUUUUAAAUUGCAUGGCAUCUUAUGUGAUGAUAUGGGGCUUGGUAAAACCCUUCAAGCCUCUGCAAUUGUUGCAUCAGAUGUAGCCGAACAUCGCGUGAUAAAUAACGGCAAAGAGCAGCCUCCUUCAUUAAUUGUUUGCCCGUCAACCCUUGUUGGUCAUUGGGCGUAUGAGAUAGAGAAGUUUAUCGAUCCUUCUGUUGUCAGUACUCUUCAGUAUGUUGGCUCUGCUGAGGAACGAAUUUCCAUUAGAAGUCUCUUCAACAAGCAUAAUGUCAUUAUAACUUCAUAUGAUGUUGUGCGUAAAGAUGUAGAUUUUUUUGGGCAGCUUUGGUGGAAUUAUUGCAUCUUGGAUGAGGGGCAUGUUAUAAAAAAUGCCAGGUCUAAAAUUACUGCUGCUGUGAAACAGUUGAAAGCCCAAAACCGUCUUAUACUCAGUGGGACUCCAAUCCAAAAUAACAUUCUGGAUUUGUGGUCCCUUUUUGAUUUUUUGAUGCCUGGUUUUCUUGGAUCAGAUAGACAAUUUCAAGCUACAUAUGGAAAGCCUCUGUUAGCUGCGAGAGAUCCGAAAUGUUCUGCCAAGGAUGCUGAAGCAGGCGCUUUAGCUAUGGAAGCACUGCACAAGCAGGUCAUGCCAUUCUUGCUCCGACGAACAAAAGACGAAGUCCUAUCUGAUCUUCCAGAGAAAAUCAUACAGGACAGAUAUUGUGACCUCAGCCCUGUUCAGUUGAAACUUUAUGAGCAGUUUUCAGGCUCUCAUGCUAAAAAGGAAAUUUCAAGUAUAGUCAAUCUGGAUGACUCCAAAGAGACUAAAGAUGAAAAAGUUGCACCUAAAGCAUCAUCACAUAUCUUCCAGGCACUACAGUACCUGCUCAAACUUUGCAGUCAUCCGCUGUUAGUAGCUAGUGUGGAAGCUGUUGAUUCACUGAGAUAUAUCUUGUCAGAUCUCCUCCCUGGAAAUUCUGAUAUUAUUUCUGAACUACAUAAAAUUCACCACUCUCCUAAAUUGAUUGCUCUUCAGGAGAUAUUGGAAGAGUGUGGCAUAGGUGUGGAUACAUCAAACUCUGAGAGCAUGAUUAAUUUUGGUCAGCAUAGAGUUCUGAUAUUUGCUCAGCACAAGGCUUUGUUGGACAUAAUAGAAAGAGAUUUGUUCCGUGCCCAUAUGAGGAAUGUGGCGUAUUUGCGCUUGGAUGGAUCUGUUCAUACAGAAAAGCGUUUUGAUAUAGUCAAAGCUUUCAAUUCUGAUCCUACCAUUGAUGUAUUGCUGCUUACAACACAUGUCGGUGGGCUUGGUUUGAAUUUGACAUCAGCUGACACUCUUAUCUUUAUGGAGCAUGAUUGGAAUCCGAUGCGAGAUCUCCAGGCAAUGGAUAGAGCACACAGGCUUGGUCAAAAGAAAGUAGUCAAUGUCCAUCGUCUCAUCAUGCGGGGAACUCUGGAAGAGAAAGUUAUGAGCCUUCAAAAAUUCAAAGUUUCAGUUGCUAAUUCUGUUAUCAAUUCAGAUAAUGCCAGCUUGAAAACGAUGAACACAGAUCAGCUCCUAGACCUUUUCACACCUGCUGAGAACUCCAGAAAGGGAGGCUUUAAAAUGAAGAACUCUGAUGGCAAUUCAAAUGAAAAUAAAAAAGCGUCUGGAAGCGGUAAAGGAUUGAAAGCCAUUCUUAAUGGUCUUGAAGACCUCUGGGAUCAAUCACAAUACACUGAAGAAUACAAUCUUGACCAGUUUCUGUCAAAGCUCAAUGGUUGAGCAUCGAAGCUGGUGGAAAUUUGUGUAUAUUUCUUGUAUACUAAAUGUCAAAGCAGCUCCAUAUUCAUAAAGUUUCCUUGUCCAUACGAGAUAUUUUUGGCUGUCAGCUUUGCUGGAAUAGCGCAUUUUACAAGGCCAGGGUCUGUAGAUGAUUCGGGAAGAGCAAGAUCGGGGAUUUGUCAGAGGAGGGCUGAUUUUUCUGUUGCUCUUUCAAGUACACCUGCUCGGGAAAAAUUAUGUUGAUUGAGGGUAAAAAAUGUCGGAUAAAGAGCCUGGGGAAGCCACUACCUUUUCAGGUUUGGUUCUUUUGGAAAGAUUGUCUCUUCUCUGCUUGAGAGGAGGACCAGUUGACGGGCAGUUUUCUGACUAUUUCUGUAAAAAUUAUCAUCCAGAUCAACAUUCAACUCGACAAGUGUUGUCGAAAUCAUCAAAAUCUGUUGAAAAUCAAUAUAAUCCUUGUUUUUGGAUCUGAAGUACAUGAUCAACAUGCAACUGAAGUCUUUGAACUUGGUAUUUGGUGAAGAAAGUAGAUGCCUGAGCAUUAUUCCAUUUAUUUAAUCAUGCCAAAGCAUAGCUGGCUUCCUAGAGAAAUGUUGGAUGUGAUGUGUAUCUCUGUAUUACAUAUGAAGUAUAUUAGAGAGAUAUGAAUUGAGUCCUCCACAUUUCUUCUUCCCUGUGAUCGUAUACAGUCUCGUGGCAUCUGCAACUGAAGCAUUUGUGGGGUCAGAAUCUAAGUCAUCUGUUAUUUAAGCCGAAGCAUUUGUGGGGUCAGAAUCAAUAAGCAUUUGUUGUUUAUCUAGCAAUUUGCGUGAACUUGCAAAUUGAAUCCCUUAUGAUUCUAUUUUUCUUGGAGAUUGACUCAUCCUGAAGAUAACGGUCUGCAUGGCAGCACUACUUCGAAAAAUGUAGCAGCAGGAGAAGAGGACAAGCUGCAUAUUCGGCUGAGGAGAACCCAUCAAUAUGGUAAAUGGUAAUGCAGGUUUUAACUCUGGACCUUGACAUCAUGGAAUUACUUGACUGUAUUUUGUAACUUCGUAAAAUUCGUUAUUUUUUGUCAAGAGAACUCACAAAAUGUGAUGUUUAGGGAGUUUUGUUGAGGUAUUUAAGAAAGCAAUUGUUGAAGUUAUAUAAAAAAUUCUUCUGCAUUCA